GUUACCAAUUGCAGGUAUUCAGAUGAGUUUAAUGUAAGGAAGGAUUUGAUGGGAUUGGCUAUCGGUGCGCACGGAGUGAACAUCCAACAGGCACGUAAGGUGAACGGUAUUACGAACAUCGAGCUGGAGGAAAAUUCGUGUACCUUCAAAAUCUACGGGGAUUGUGACGAAGCGGUGAAAAAAGCUCGUGCUAUGCUGGAAUAUAGCGAAGAGUCGCUGCAAGUACCUACAGCUCUAGUAGGUAAAGUGAUUGGCAAGAAUGGCAGGGUCAUUCAAGAGAUUGUUGAUAAAAGUGGCGUUGUGCGGGUUAAAAUUGAGAGGGAUAAUGAACCGCAGCCCACGAUGCCCAGAGAAGAGGGACAGGUUCCCUUUGUUUUUGUUGGAACUGUUGAAAGCAUAUCCAAUGCAAAAAUGCUAUUGAAAUAUCACUUAGCACAUCUGAAGGACGUAGAACAACUUCGACAGGAGAAGUUGGAAAUCGAUCAGAAGUUACGUAGCAUGCAGGGCAGCGUCAUGGGUUUAUUACCAAAUCUCCCGAUGUCGAGAAGAUGUGACGAUCGUGCGUAUAAUUCGAAUGCGGAUGGUAACAACCGUGGAAGGGGCUCUAUGAGGAGUCGCGGGUCGCACGGAAGACUAGGAUCCACACGUCACGAGCAUUACAACACUCGUAGUACUAUCGCAGAUUAUGUUAAUAAUGUUGAUAAGCGAACCCCGAGGGUCGGCGGUAGGGAAAGGCCAAACCACGGUCGUAAUGCUAUAGACACCGCGGCCGGUGUUGAUCGGGAAGACAAGUGA